AUGGUGGCAUAUGCAGGCAACUUGUUAGUAGUUGAUUCAGAUGAAUCCAGGGCAGCUUUGGAGGAGGGUGCAGGUGCAGGAUACAAGUACGUGGCAACAGAAUUUGACAAGAAACUUGAAGAACUAUCAGAAAGAGAGACUGGUCUGAGUGAUGUUGAAAUUACUAUCCUCCUCCGUGUUUUAACAAGAGCCACACUUUCUAUAAAGCGUUUCCAGAAACUUCUGCAUUGUGUUGUGCCAGAGACAAUUGUGCAGAAAGAACACAUACAAACUGUUGUCAUCUUGAUGCUUGUGAGACACGUGUAUGAACCACCUGAAAAGAGUAUUGCUGUCCUCCAGUGGCUCAUUGCUUUGCUGGAGAAUGAGCUCGCAGACAGACAAGCGAUUGACAGCUUUUAUCAUCAAAUUUAUUUUCUAUUAUUUGUUGAAAGUCUGGCACGGUGGGCUUCUAAAAUUGUAUAUAUGUUGACUACACCAGAUGACGUUAAAAGAGCGAGGGUUGUAACAUUAUUUCGCUGCAACCUCAAACAGUCAGGAGCACAUCACAUCGAAGCAUUACUGGGCUUAUUUAAGUCUCUUCGUCCAGAACUUGUACCAGAAGAUGUUUCAACUGUAAAUACACAUACAGCCUUUGGAAGAAUACCUGCUACGCUGUCAGAGGCUGUAAAUAAGAGCAGGUGUUGCAGACCCAAGGCAAGAAGUUAAUCAUCAAACAGAUGCAGAACAUGUCACACUGUGCUCCUGCAUGAUCUGCUACUGCCAAUUUCACCAUCUUGCCAAGGUGACAGUUGCUCAGGUGUUUAUGUGCUGUACUGGAUUUUCCUUAAAGAGGAUGGAAAGAUGUAGAACAAGAGCCACUUACAACUUGCUUUUAGCCACAAUUACCUUCAGUGAUUUCCUUUUAAAGGCAGUAGUUAUUGUUUUAAAUUAUAAAGUAAUGCACUAAUUAAGUUUUUUUGUGUGUAGUAUAAACUCGUUUCACGGCUUUUUUCUCAUUUUUAAGUACCUUGGGAGUUUACGUAGAUACUGAAUGUGAUGUCUGAGGGUGAGAUGUUAUGCCUGUCUUUCCCUGUAGACAUUGGUUUAUGUUCUCAGUGCAAUAAGAAAACCAGGAAAUAAGAAUUAUGAUGAUUUAGGUGAUGUUGUUAUGGGACAGUAUCUUUUUACAGAUACCGUGCCUCAUCCAUCAUUCAUAAAUUCACACGCAUACAACAUACCAUUUACUGCAUUUGUUUACAUUAAAUAAUAACAUAGAAUAAAGGUAUUGUGAUAGUAUUUCUUACCAAAUACUUUGGAUACAGUCAAAUAUGUUUUAUUUUAUAACAAUAACAAUUACAUCUGUACUUACAUUAAUCUAUUCUAUAGCUGCUUUCAGUAACACAGUUACUAUUUUACGUAACAAUUAUGCCUUCCAUUGUAUUUUUAUAAUAUUUUUUCACUCUGUAGCUGUAGCUGCUGAACAUGAGAAAUGUAUGAAUAAAUUUAACA